UUCUAUAACAGUCAGUCUUCGAAGCAACGUCAAAUCAAACGGACAUUCGCUCUAGAAAAUUCUACAAUAUUCAAGGAUUUAACGAAGUCAUUCAGGACGCGUAAUAAUUGAUCUGACCACGAUAGCGAUGGCUGGUGAAAAUACAUCCGUAAAGAAUUUUUACAAAGACAGAUCAAUUUUUAUAACCGGAGCUACAGGUUUUAUGGGCAAGGUUCUUGUCGAGAAGCUACUAAGAUCGUGUCCCGAAAUAAAAAACAUUUACCUCUUAAUGAGACCUAAAAGGGGCCAGAAUGUACAAGAGAGGUUGCAAAAACUUUUAAACGAGCCGCUUUUUGAGACACUACGGCGGGAUUCACCUGGUGAGCUUACCAAGAUGAUACCCGUGGCUGGCGAUAUUACGCAACCGCAGCUGGGCAUUUCGAUUGAAGACAAAACUCUAUUAAUACAAUCCGUAUCGAUUGUAUUUCAUUUAGCAGCAACUAUAAAUUUCAACGAGGCUUUGAAGCUUUCAGUAACCGUAAAUACGUUGGCCACCAAAAGAUUGGUCCAACUAUUUAAAGACAUGCAUCACAAUGUGGAGGCGUUUAUUCACGUGUCAACGGCCUAUUGUAAUUGCGAUCAGAAGAAUGUCGCCGAGGAGAUUUAUUCGGUGAGACCGGAACCUGAUCUGAUGAUUGCUCUGACGGAAGGAAUGGACGACAAAAUAUUGGAGGAAUGCACGCCAAUUUUGAUCGGCAGUCGACCAAACACAUAUACUUUUACCAAAGCACUGGCCGAGCGAAUGCUCCAGCAGGAAAGGGGUUCUUUACCGGUGGCGAUUGUCAGGCCAUCGAUCGUAACGUCCUCGUACAGAGAACCAGUCGCCGGUUGGACGGACAAUUACAACGGCCCCACGGGACUUGUCCUCGCCGCUGGGAAAGGCGUUUUCAGAACUAUGCUAUGCCACGAGGAGAAAGUGGCGGAUCUGGUGCCCGUCGACAUUGUGAUCAACUUAAUGAUUUGCGCGGCAUGGAGGAUCGCCACGCAACCCACCGACAGUAUUCCAAUCUACAACUGCUGCACCGGCUCACAAAAUCCAAUAACUUGGAAGCAGUUCAUCGAUCUGUCGAUCCUUAAAUAUUGUCGGCUACACCCGAUGGACAAUGUUCUUUGGUAUCCGGACGUUCGUUGCCAUAGAUCCUCCAAGAUAAACACAUUGUGCGUGAAACUUCAGCACAAUAUACCAGCGUACAUCUUAGACACUCUCGCACGGCUCAAGGGCUCGCGGCCUAGAAUGGUCAGCCACCAGACAAAACUUUCCAAAGCCGCCAAGGGCUUUGAGUAUUUCACCACAAACCAGUGGAGUUUUUGGGACAAUAACGUGCAACAAUUAUGUAAGCAACUCAGUCCGGAGGAUAGAAACACGUUUAUGUUCAACGUUAGGCAAAUCGACUGGCCAUCGUAUUUGGAGCAUUACAUUCUGGGAAUACGACAGUUUAUCCUGAGAGAGAGUCCGGACACACUGCCAGCUGCUCGUUCACGGAUGAAAAAAUUAUACUGGAUCCACAAAACAAUGCAACUAAUGGGACUAAUAAUAAUGUUAUGCGUCUUCUUGACGCUGCUGUACUUCAUACUUCGCACAUGCGGCUUGAUUGUUUAACGGCUCAGAACGGACUCGGUCGAUGAUCGCGA